AUGGUUUUUUCAUUUGGCAACGAGACACGUAUUCUCAUCUUGUUGGUGAUCGAUGUGGUAUUCUGCGUGCUGGAGCUAGUCAGUGGCUAUGCGGUCGGUUCUCUGGCAUUAGUCGCUGACAGCUUCCACAUGCUGAACGACAUCAUGUCCUUGAUUGUUGCGCUAUAUGCGGUCAGGCUUGUCAACAGAGCUGUAAAGCACCCCCUAUAUUCGUACGGCUGGCAACGCGCAGAGAUCCUCGGUGCUCUGUUCAACGGUGUCUUUUUGCUUGCGCUCUGCUUUAGCAUCUUUAUGACUGCACUUGAGCGUAUGAUCAACUUGCCAGACGUCUCAAACCCUCGUCUUAUUGUUAUUGUCGGAUCGUGUGGUCUUGCGUCCAACAUCUUUGGACUGAUGCUCUUCCAAGGCCACGCUCACGCUCACGGCGGUCAUAGUCACGACCACAGUCAUGCACAUGCACAUGCACAUGGCCAUGAACACGACCACGACCACGACAUUGAGCAUGAUGCUGCGGCACGCAAUGAUUUGCAAAUUGCCCAGCAAGAGGCUAUCGAAAACAGCGUGCGCGACAUUGUGGGCCAUCCUGCACGCGCGCGUGCAUUCGUUAUGGACAAGGCCGAAUCGCUUCGUAAUGCUUCGCGCGAAGAGACAGAGCCUCUUCUUCGUAAUCGUGGCGACGAGUACGGAUCCACUGGCGACGAUGCACACGAAGGACAAUACCGCGGCCACGACCACAGUCCCAGCCAAGGCACCGUUCAAGAAACCGAGGAGGCCGUCCGCCUUCACCGCCUUUCUGUGGGCUCGUCUGGCCACUUGCAUGAAAACAUGAACAUGACUGGCGUGUUUUUGCACGUUUUGGGCGAUGCGAUCGGCAACGUUGGUGUGAUUGCCACGGGCUUGUUUAUCUGGCACACGGACUACUGGUGGCGAUUUUACAUGGACCCGAUCAUCUCAAUCAUUAUUGCGUGUAUCAUUGCACACCAAGCGCUUCCGCUGGUUAAAUCCGCAUCGUUUAUUCUGCUUCAAGGCGUGCCGUCGUCUGUGUCUUUGGAGGGCGUGCGGGACUCUGUGCUCAAGGUAGACGGCGUGCUGAGUUUGCAUGAUCUACACGUCUGGCAGCUAAACGAAAACAAGAUUGUGGCUAGUCUGCAUGUGAUGGUGGAUUGCUCGAACGAACAAACUCCGCGGUACAUGGAGAUUGCAGGCCAUAUUCGUAAUGUGCUUCACCUUUGGGGUAUUCAUUCCUCCACGAUCCAGCCCGAGUUUGUCGCUGGUGGACUGAAAGAGGCUGCUCGACUCAGUGGUUUGUUUGUACAGGAGCAGCGUGAUGAACAUGGACGACUUUUGACGCCCGAAGGCAACUUAGUAGAGUCGGAGCUGCCAAAGCAGGACCCUGCAUGCUUGCUUGCAUGCAACGAAAACGAAUGCCAAGGAGCCAAGUGCUGCUCGAUUUCUCCUCCUGGCAAUCAAGACAGUCACAUGAUGACGUCGGAAAGUCUCAAGAAGGCUACCGAUGCAAAGCCCGUUGAUACAAAGCCUGUUGAUACAAAGCCUGCCGAUACAAAGCCUGUUGAUGCAAAGCCUGUUGAUGCAAAGCCUGUUGAUGCAAAGCCUGCCGACACAACGCCUGCCGAAACCGACACUAAGUCCUCGGGAGGCAAACCUUCUCACGCCCCCAGUAAAAAGAAUCAGAAAAAGAAAGGCAAGAAAGGCAAAUAA